AUGCAAAAGUUUCCUGUUUAUUCGGAGACGGAUGUGUCGGAGGAUGCAGUUCAACAGGAGAUUCAGCAGAUGCAAUCGUCUCCUGUUUAUUCGGAGACGGAUGUGUCGGAGGAUGAAGUACAACAGGAGAUUCAGCAGAUGCAAAAGUCUCCUGUUUAUUUGGAGACGGAUGUGUCGGAGGAUGAAGUUCAACAGGAGAUUCAGCAGAUGCAAUCGUCUCCUGUUUAUUCGAAGACGGAUGUGUCGGAGGAUGAAGUUCAACAGGAGAUUCCACGGAUGCAAUCGACUCCUGUAUCUUUGAAGACGCAUAUUUCGAAGAAUGAUGGUGAAGAGGAGAUUCAACAGAUGCCAUCGUCUCCUGGUGUUUCAGAGACGGAUGUGCCGAAGGAGACUCCACAGAUGCAAUCGUCUCCUGUUUAUUCACAGACGGAUGUGUCGGAGAAUGGAGUUGAACAGGAGACUCAACAGAGGCUGCCAUCGUCUCCUGUUGUUUCGGGGAUAGAUGUCAUCUUGGAUGAUGAUGUUGAACAGGAGAUUCAACGGAUGCAAAAGUCUCCUGUUUAUUCGGAGACGAUUGUGUCAGAGGAUGAAGUUGAACAGGAGACUCAACAGAGGCUGCCAUCGUCUCUAGUUUCUUCGGGGAUAGAUGUCGUCUUGGAUGAUGAUGUUGCACAGGAGAUGCAGCCAAAGCCAAGAUCACUUUUAAUUCCUGGAUAUCGAUCUAGCAACCUCCUGCGAGUGAAGUUUGUCCCAGAGCUGGUGCAAAGAACGGUGAAGGUCGCGGACUGUCCAGAGGAACGUGCGAAAUGGAGGGACUAUAAUUUGGUCUCAUGUGGGAAGUGCUCCACCUGGACAAAGGAAAUGCAGACCUUUGUGGUCCGAGACGAGCACGGUGAUCGAGACCUCUUUUGCUCCAAGUGUGCGUCCGUUUGGUCCGACAUUGUCUCCGAAAGGCCUGGGCGAGGUGGCGUUGGCAACCUGAAGUUAAACUUCAAGAGGCGGAUGCAGCAGGAGACACCCACUUCGCAGAGUUGCGCUGAUCGUAUGAAAGUUCCCAGACAAUGUGAAGAGUUGCAGCUCAAGGAGUUGUCCGCCCAGCUCGUGAUGGCAUGA